ACCAAAUCCUGAAGAAGAUGACGAGGAAGAAAAAGAAGAAGCAGCUGUUUAUCCUCAGUCGGCACGGUUCAUAUUUACCUCAAUAGUCAGCACACGAUUUACGUGGUUUUCAGCUUGAAAUGGCAAUGAGUCAGUUUCCCUUCUGCGUAAUAGCCUAGAAACGCUACAGAUUCGGUGUUGCACGUCUGGACCAAAGGCUCCGGUUGUUUUCGUCGCUGUUCUGGUGCUUUACGGUGCAGGAGGAUAUGGUUUUCUCAUCGUCCCAGCAAGUGGUGGUCGCAUUUACGGCGGUGUUGUUUGCGUUUGUGGUGUUCCCUAGAAUGUUCGGCGUAGGAUCCGGAGCGAAGGAAACAAGAGGUUUUGAUGCACGCUACAACAGAAAAGCGGGUCCGGGACCAGGACCAGGUGCAGUGAGAGGGCAGCCGGUCAACAAGAACACUGCUGGCUCCAUGAGCAAAGCACAGACCCUGGAGAACAUGCAGCAGAUGAAGGUGAUGAUGGAGCAGGAGAUGAAGGGUGACCAAUACAAAACCAACAGCAACAAGGGCUACGUGUUCACACUGAUGCCGCUCUACGCCAUUGGAGUCGGCCUCUUUGCAGCGUACAAAUUCCUGAAGAUCAAGUCUGCAGAUGACUCCCAAGCCCAAAAGAACAAGGAUGCCAAAGGUCCCAAGAAGUCUGAGGAGACAGAGAAUCAGCUUACAGAGCUGGAGCAGCGGCUAGCACAAACAGAGAAGAUGCUCAACUCCAUUCUGACCCAACUGGACCCAUUGACAAGUUGUGUCAAGUCUGUGGCCCAGGAACAGAAGAACGAGAUCAUGUCCCAACUCCAGUCCAUCCGCCACCUGAUGAAGAAGAGAGGCAUGGACUGUCCACCCCUCAACAUUGAAGAGCCACAGUGCGAGAGGAACCUGGAUGACCUCAUCGAGUCUCUGGCAGCCCAUGCCGACACCUCACUAGAGGUGGUUGCUCCUGCGGAAGACGAUCAAAGUGGUGUGGAGAAAGAGGAGGAGCCAGUCCACCAGCAGCACCACCCUGAAUCCAAGGGUGGGCACUCAGUGACCGACGCUCAGGAGGAGGACAUGCCCUCCUUGGAGGAUUCUUGUGAGACAAACAUUGAGGACAUAGGCCUAGCCCAGAACAUUCCAGAAGAAAUGCCUACAACUGGGCUCAGACGCCGCAACAGGCUGGAAUGAACAGAAAAAAGGUUGUUUUAAACUACAUGAAUAAAGCCAUACAUGUAUUUUCUCAUUCUUAAUGGCACUACUGCAGUCUGUUCAGUAAUGCUCUUGCUUUUGGCUCGUAGUUGAAUAAGAAAGGGCAGCUAUCAUUGUGAAAUAAUUUUGUCCAAGGUUGUGUGUGAUGGAGGUGAUUUUUCUGUUCCAUCCCUUAAAGCAUAGCAGAUCCCUGGCUAAGCCAAUGUGUAGGGUUAGGACUUACUCCUGACAAAUAAAAGCCCCAGAAGCCUAACUCCAUAUAAUUAGACUUAUUUCUGGAGCUUUUCCUUGUAAGGCCCCAAGUAUGAGGCCUGAGUUUUCCAUCCUUGAACCAAAUGGUAGUGAGUAUGUAAGGUGCCUGUAAAUGUGUUUUCAUCACGUGAUGCUGCUUGGAAACCCUGUACAUCAUUAUAUGCUGCCAUCUUUUAGAAGCAAUCAUUUCGGCCCUAACUAUCAAGACCUCAAAGUGUGUUAUGCAAUCUUGCAACUGCCAUCCGUAUGUCAUAGAAUAGUCAAAAUAAUAAAAAAUGUCAAACAUAGUUAAUUAUAAAUAGCUACAUUUUGUUUUUCUACUACGUACUCGAGUCUACAAACUACAAGUGCAAGCUUGUGACGUUUGGCUUGUGGUAUGAUUUGCUUGUUUUCAGACAUCUUAUGCAUGUGUUUUUCUCUGCAACUGAUCUUGAAUGUCCUGGUGGAUAAAACUGCAUGAGUUCUCUUACUAGAGGGAGAUGCAGGACAAUCAUGAAUGUAUUGAUGACAUCAUGCUAAAUCAUACCUCUCCAACCCUGUUCCUGGAGAGCUACUGUCCAGUGGGUUUCUCUAUAACCCUGUUCCUGGAGAGCUACUGUCCAGUGGGUUUCUCUAUAACCCUGUUCCUGGAGAGCUACUGUCCAGUGGGUU